GAUGGCGAAGCGCUCGCUGCGGCGUCAGGCACGCUCCGUGGACGCUGUGUGAUUUUAUUGCGCGCUGCAGCACAACUCGCGUACUUGCACCGCUGGGGAGCGCCGACGAAGAGAAGACCGUUACACUGAGGACGCAUCAGUGGAAGGUUGGUGCGGCGUAAGACCUGCGUUCGAGGAGCAUCUAUUAUAGCGUAGCCUACUGCUUUUCCACCAGUACCUGCAAAUAGAAGGCCAGGUGGCUAGUGUAACACCUUCGAGCAGGCUUUCAACAGCGAGCUCCGAAAUUUCUUUGUAGAGAGUGGGAAUAAUUUUAUGCCACAGUGAGCAGAAGGGAGAAAGGAUACGAGAAAAUUGACAGUACGGUAAAGAAGAAGCUAAAAUUGUGGCGACGUGGAAGCGGAAGCGCAGCCGCCGCAGGCAGCAACUACGUGAGAAUGGACGAAUGCUCAAAGAUACAGGAAAUUACGCCCCAACGGGCUUCUGCCAGCGCUGGUUCCGCCCACAGCCCGACGCCGGCGCCGGCGCCGAGGCAGCCCUCGUGCACCAGUUCGCCCAGCUCUUCCGGGCCCCUCGUGUUCCCGACCUCCCCGCCACCUUCGUACGAGCACGUGCUGGCUGAGAACCGCAUGGCGGCGGCGCAGGCAGAGAGCUCUGCGGCCGCAGCAGCGGCAGCAUCGGCGGCGCAGCAGGAAGCAGGCACCCCCACGGGCAGGACGGAGAUUCUCCACAAGUCCAGUAAGGAGUUGUACCGCGCCGUCGCCGCGCAGUGGGGCAUCACCUGCAAGAUGAGUGACCACUGCCGCUGCCUCGACUGCCAGAGCCGAUACUUCGACUGUGAAUAUGACCAGAAUGAGCAAGAGAAAACUGAUGGAGGGCUUAGUGCUGGAACCCCAAUGUUCAUCUCUGAAGUCAUCCACGGAACAGCCUGCAGCAUUCUUUGAAUGCAUUUUCAUUGCAGAAAGGCCUAAAAUAUCAAAAAGUAAUAUAAAAAUUUAAAAAUAAUAAAUUUAAAAAUAUGUCAAUUGAACUGCUUAUAUAUGAAAUGCAGUAAUGUAAUACAUAAUCUGCUUCAUUGUUUUAACUAUAUCAUGAAGGACAAGUUCCACUAUAUUUUAUUCUUUAUAUGGAUGUGUUUUAUUGUAGCUAAUAUGACAUAUUAUGACAGCAAUACUGGUAGACACAAUAUCAAAAUUAUAUCUGGAGUUUUUCAGAGCUGUAAUUUUACACAGUUUUUCUUUGAAGUCUGGCAUUCGAAAAUGUAAUGUAGGGGGGUGUUGGAAGACACCCUCACACAAGCCACCAACUAAUUAUACAUAAUCUAUCAGUUUCUCAUCAUAUAAAAAAUUAAUAUAGCUUUUACAUUCAACAAAGGUAAUAAUGAAUGCAGACAGCAUAUCUUAAAUUCAUAAAUUGCAGACAGUCUUUGUCUGAAUACUAGUUAAUCUUAUAUGGUGAAUACCAGUAACAAGCUGUCAGUCAUGCUUUUCUAAAUAUGUGUUCUAUGUUAACAGUGGCUAUAUCUAUAGAAACUUUGUAUGUUAUGUAUGUAAUCAUAAAAUCUCAGAUGUUGUAAGGAAACGUAAAAUAUCCAGUAAAGUCAAAAUUUGCAGAUAUGAUGUAAGUGAUAUGAUAUAUUACGACUAUAUAUUAAGUGCCAUGUAUUUUAUAUAUGUCUACAAAUCUGAACAAGAACAAUAUUAUCACCAAUUUGUUGUGAAAUCAGACAGACAAUUAUUUCACUCAUUUCAUAUUCUCUGGAAAAAAGUACAGACACACAAUGGUUUCACUCAUUUAAUAUUCUUCAUAAAAAGGUAUAUGAACCAAAGCAACAUAUUUUCUGUUGCAGUCAGUUAAGUUUCAUUAAGACAAAGGUUGUCAUUCUUCCCUCAAAUGAUGGCAUGGGUAGUAACAUUACUUAUUUAUAAUUCAGAGAUGGCAACAAUGAGUGAAAAAAACAUUGGUGAAUGUUGUUUGCUCUGUGGUUAUUAUGCAGAGAUAUUAGUCAUGAUGUUCAGCCAAAAUCUCUUUAAAAUGUUACUACUUUUUAGUUUAUUAGAGAAAAUAAAGACAGUUCAUGUCACUGUAAAAAUAGUGCAGUAAUCUUUCAAAUGAUUUAGUAUAUAUCAUACAUGUGUAGAUUACUAAAUGGUACUAUGUAUUUAUCCAGACAUUUACUGUGUGUAUCUUUUCCUGCUUUGGAUGUUGAUGUUGAUAUUGAUAUUGGGCUCACAAAAUGUUUGCAGUAAAUGACUGCAUUAUUGAAGUGGCACAACACUUUAUCUGACCUAUAUGGUAAUCAUUGAUGUGCUGCCUCUGACUUCUGUAGUGUGUAGUCUGUAAUAUAUAAGAUAUACAAAAUUCUGAAAGCUCUAUAAUAUCUUUUCUAAGGUGGAAAUUGUAACUAAGAUCUGCAAUUUAUAAAAAUAUAUGUGUUGUUUAUACAGGAUGAUCAGAAACUUUCUGAAAAGCUUGUAAGGGUCUUGUAGGAAAGGUUGUGCUAAGAAAUAAUCGUUAAAAAAUUGGAGUUAAUGAGCAUUGAAAUUAGCCAGUCAGACCAUUGUGUGUGCAAAUACAAGUGGCCCACCAGAUACAAUUAGUUUCAGUUGUUCUCCUAGUGGAGGCAACGGCACAUGAGACUGUUCAGCCUUUGGAGCAGUUUUGAUCCACAUUACCAUUCCAUGUCCAAUCAUUGUAAAACUCUCUUUUUCAGUUUGAGGAAACAAAAUUAAGAACACAUUUAAUGGCACUUUUUCUGAUGGGCCACUUGAAUUUGCAUCUGAAACGGUCUAACUGGCUAAUUAAAUCAGAAAUGGUGCAACUUACUAAAUUUUUUUCUCAACAAUUAUUUCUCAGCACAACCUAUCCUGCAAAACCCUUACAAGCUUUUCAGACUGUUUGUGGCCGCCCUGUAUAUGUAUUUAGUGUACUGAAAACGUGGAAAAUCGUAGUUUAUAAUUAUUAUACUAUUUUGAUUUAGUUUGAUAAUUUAUCAUGAAGGGUAUUUGUAAUGUGAACCAAAGUAGUAGCUAUAAAUUGAAUACACAUACCCAUUCUGCAUUCUAUUUUACAACUCUGCUUAAAAGAAAAUGAAAGAAAGAAAUUUUGGAGUGACAGAGCAGCCAGUACAGAUAAAGAGCUUUUAAACAUGAGAGAAGAGUUGAUUUACAAACAGUGAUUAACUACAAAAUUUAUCAUAUACUGUCAGCUACAUUCAGAUGUAGAACUGUUGUACUCCAAAAAAAUACAGAAUAGGUGACUCAUUUAAAACCUCUAACUCCUAUAGUUUUGCAGCUGGUGAUUUUAGUAUUGGUCUGUCUAAAUUUAACAUGCAAAACAACAUGCACUAUAAAUACUAACAAUGUACUGAAAAAAUGAAGGAAAUGCAUAUAACAAAUAAAUCAUUUGUUAAAAUGUAGCUUUUAUUAUUUCAAUACAUUGCAACUGUAAGUAACAAGUACAUAAAAAUCAUAGAUCUGAAUUUAAACUUAACUACAAUUUCAAGAUAUAAAACUGCAUUCACCUGAAAUAUUAACUAUUUUUCACAUCUAAAAUAAAUAUAUGGCAGUUUUUGUAAGUGAGAUUCCCUUACCAGGUAAUACUUCACAGUUGUUCAUAAUAGUAAACAUUUGUCUAUGAAAUGAACUUUUCAGGUAAAGUCUUUUUUAAUAUUCAUAUCAAAUUUCAACAAUAAUAUUUUUUAUUCAUAUCCUAAGAUUUUUCAUUGAAAACACACAAAGAACAUAUCUCAAAGGUAUCUGUGAAGAUCAUUAUAAGUAUCACGUUUGGAUCUGUUUUCAUUUACAGGAUGUGAUUAACUUUAACCACAGAAAGAUAUUUCUUAAUAACCAAAAAAGUAGCUGCAGUUGAAGGAAUUGGACACUAAUCGAAAAUUUCACUUAAUAGUGCAUUAGAAAUAUGUUAAAUCAUUUCUUUAAGUACCAUACUUUCUAAAGAUAUAUUUAAAAUAUUCGUAAAAUGUGAGUAGGUGCUCUGCCUAUAAUGGCAAGGAGUAUCAUUACAUAUAAUAUCAAUACAUGAAAUUAUAUUUCUUAGCACUCAUUGAUAUCUUAUUGACCAUCAGAUUGUUGGUGCUACAAGAGUACUAAAGCCAACCUGCAGUAAUCACAUAAUAUGUCUUGUGUUAAUAAAGGGAACACGCUUCUCUCUACCUCUAUUGAACUGACUAAUUCUGAAGACAGUUUCAUGAAAUAUUAACAUACAAAAAUGAGUUGCUUGUGUAUAUCACUAUGCAUAAACAAGUGGUUCAGUUACAGAAUGUCUAUUGUAACUAACUAUUCUUUCGUUAUGGAUGAUCGUUUUUUUAUUGUCCUCUGAUGACUGAAAAUGUGUUCCCCUUGUUUUUUUCGUAAUUUACUUAA